AUGCUGUCCAAAAGACCUCCUCAAACUCCCUCUGUUAACUUUACCAGGUAUCGCGCCACAAAAGCAGUGGCCAGACCUCGCAGGCUUCGAGACAGAUCCAGCUCCAGCUCCAGCUCCUCUCGGCGAUUGGAGCGUCGCCGAAAGCCUGUGAAUCCCCCUGAUGCAUCCACUCCAUCACCUUCCACCUCCCCCGUUGUCACCCUCCGUGUCGGCCCAGAAAAGCGCGUGUUCGCUGCACACGAAGCCGUCCUCAGCGCAUCACCGUUCUUCGCAGACAAGUGCCAGGAGCAAACACCCAGCGCGCCCAUAAGAACUCGCCUCAACCAACAUCCGGGCAAACACAUCGAGCUUUCAGAAGAACAACCAGAAGUGCUGUCCUGUGUACUAGAGUACCUCUACAAAGGCGACUACUACCCACGACUCCAACACAACCCACAGCGCCAAACAUGGGAACUUGAAGACGGCGCAAUGGACGCAGAAGGCCAGAGCGUCGGCGCAACUGUAUACCACCAUGCCGCGCGAGCAGUGAUUCUCCGCGAUACAGCCAUCUAUUGUGCCGCAGAGAAAUACAAUCUCCCCAGCCUGCAACGCCUCGCACUCCGCAAACAAGGCCUCCACACUGGUAUUCAAUGCGACACGAUCCUGUCGAGCGCGCGGUUCGCAUACGCGAAUACGCCGGAUACGGACUCGAAGCUGCGCGCGCAUUACCUGGCGCUAAUUAUUCGAUGCCGAGGUACGUUUAAGCGGAGUGGAACGAUGCAGAUGGAGAUGGAAAAGGGUGGGAAGCUGUUUUUUGAUUUGUUUGUUGCUAUGUGUAACCAUAUGGAUGACGUCUUUCCCACGGGUAUGUCGGUUUGUAGUUCUGCGGCUCAGGCGGCGCGUUAG